AUGGUCAUCUUUUCAGAACUAAAGUUUGGAGAAUUGCAGACAGACCAUACCUCAGAUGUUGGAGGAUUAGAGAUACUGAACAUAAAAGACUUCAGUAAAUUUGGUAGCCGCUCCUCUAAAACAUUUAAACCAAAGAAGAACAUACCAGAGGGUUCUCACCAGUAUGAGCUCUUAAAGCAUGCAGAAGCCACACUUGGCAGUGGCAAUCUCCGGAUGGCUGUCAUGCUUCCUGAGGGAGAAGAUCUCAAUGAGUGGGUUGCAGUGAACACUGUGGAUUUUUUCAAUCAGAUCAACAUGCUUUAUGGAACAAUCACAGAUUUCUGUACAGAGGAAAGUUGUCCAGUGAUGUCAGCUGGCCCAAAAUAUGAGUAUCAUUGGGCAGAUGGAACAAACAUAAAGAAGCCCAUUAAGUGCUCUGCACCAAAGUAUAUUGAUUACUUGAUGACUUGGGUUCAGGACCAGUUGGAUGAUGAGACAUUAUUUCCUUCAAAAAUAGGUGUCCCAUUCCCGAAGAACUUCAUGUCUGUGGCAAAAACUAUACUCAAACGCCUCUUCAGGGUUUAUGCUCACAUUUAUCAUCAGCAUUUUGACCCUGUGAUCCAGCUUCAGGAGGAAGCGCAUCUGAAUACAUCUUUCAAGCACUUUAUCUUUUUUGUCCAGGAAUUUAACCUGGUUGACAGAAGAGAACUUGCACCACUCCAAGAACUGAUUGAGAAACUCACCUCAAAGGACAGAUAAGGGAUGCGAACUGUGCAAAUUGUUCCCAUGAAGUUCUGUGGAGUGUAUUUGGAUUUUGUUGUAUUUUAUUUUUGUCUCGGUUGUUUUUGUCUUAGGUUUGGGGGGCUUAUUUGUGUUCUUUUUUCUUCUGAAUAAAUGAAACCAUAUUCUAUUGCUAUAGAAAGCCAACAA